UCUCGUCGGCCGUAGAAAGAGCAGUGUGCAGUGACGACUUUACCAACGGAGUGUAGUACUAUUUUCCUUGUACACUUGUGGUCUACUCAGUUUUUCAUUUUAUCGACCAUUAACGUGUCGACUACCGCGACACACAUCGACGUCUCGUAUAUCAGAGUAUAUGCCUCUUAACCCCGGUUAAGGGGCUGUGUUUGUUGCUGCUGCUGCACCUUAACUGGAUGUAUGAAGAUCAUUACACGUUUCCUUCUAACAAUUUUCUUUCAAUUUCUUUCUACUUUCUUUGAUGGUCUCAUGAAAGGCAGAAAACCAUCUUUUAUCGGAAUGAAUGGAGGUACGGAAACAGACGACCAACAGCGUCUAAGGUUCCAAGUUGAACUAGAGUUUGUUCAAUGUCUUGCAAAUCCAAAUUACCUUAACUUUUUAGCACAACGAGGUUACUUCAAGGAUGCCACAUUUAUAAACUACCUUAAAUAUCUUCUCUACUGGAAAGAACCGGAAUAUGUUAAAUAUUUGAGAUAUCCCAUGUGUUUGUACUUCUUAGACUUAUUACAAUACGAACACUUUAGAAGAGAAGCUGUCAGCUCGCAAUGCACCAAAUUUAUAGACGAUCAGCAGAUUUUGCUUUGGCAGCAUUACACUAGACGUAGGAUAAGACUUUUACAAACAGCAGCGGAGCAGACUCCACAUGUAAAUCCACAAAAUAAUGGUAUUGUACAAUCUAAAGUUCCUUAAAUGAGAGAAAGAGAGAGAGAGAGAGAGUGGUACGUCUGGUACGUCUGGUACGUCUGGUAAAGUUAGAAAAUUGGAACAUUUGAUAUAUAUAUAUAUAUAUA